AUGGAUGAGGGGAGCAUUUCAUUAAAUACUUGGCCAGAAAUAGCAAAGGCUGAAAAUGAGCACAGACGUGAAUUAGUGCUCCAGGGUGGAAACAUCGAUAAAAGAAUACAGAGUAGCGGAGGAUUACACCCAGGGGUUUAUUCUCUUACGCUUCUGAAUUACCUAGAAAUCAGCCAAUGCCCGAGUUUGAAUGAGAUCAGUGAAAAUAUUAGAAACUUGUCUCAUCUCCAAAGCUUAAUACUUUGCCGAAAUAAAUUGGCGUCAGUUCCUGUAACCAUCGGCGAAUUAAAGUCCCUCAAAGUUUUGGACUUGUCAGUUAAUGACUUGCACGAUUUACCCGCGGAGAUCUGUCUUCUAUCCGAGCUGACCACCCUAAACGUCAGCUGUAACAGCAUCAUUUCUUUGCCAGACGGACUGAGCCAGUGCCCGAAACUCUCCAACAUCAAUGUGUCCAAAAAUGCCCUCACUCGGCUUCCUGACGAUCUCUACUCCUCUAAACUAGAUCUUCUCAGCGCUGUCAUUGCCUCCGAAAAUGAAAUCGAAGAGUUGAGCGGUGAAAUUUGCAGCCUGCCAGCGCUUAAGGUCUUGGACCUCUCGAACAACAAGCUGAAUGAGAUUCCUGCUGAACUUGCCGACUGCCCCAAGCUGAAGGAAAUCAACUUCAGAGGGAACAAACUGAAGGACAAACGUUUGGAAAAGAUGAUGAACGGCUGCCAGACAAAGUCCAUCCUGGACUACCUGAGGGCCGGGGGAAGAGGGAAAGGGAAAGGUAAGCAAGAUGACGGUGCCGAAAAGGCGGAGGGAGCAAAGAACGUCUCGAAACCAAAGAAGGCUUCAAAGCAGAAGAGCAAGAAAGUGGCAGAGGAAGUGGAUGAGUUGAAUCGAAUGAUUGUUAGGGUCCUCCACGUAUCUGAGAGCCCCAACACAAUCUCAGUGAAAGUCUCAUCAGCAGUGAAAGACGUCAGACCAUACAUAGUGUGCUGCAUCGUCAAAGGCAUGAACCUGAGACCGGGAAAUGCGCUUAAAAGAUUUCUUGUCCUUCAGACCAAACUUCAUGAUGACGUGUGUGCCAAAAGAACUACAGCUACCAUCGCCAGUCAUGACCUGCAGGCGCUGAAGGGACCACUGCUGUAUGAUGCCAGGCCACGUGAUAGCCUAAAGAUUGUUCCUUUGGGCCGUAAAGAGAUGAAGGCUGUGGAUCUGAUGAGGCAGCUCCAGCAGGAGGCAGACGAGCAGAGGAAGCAGAAGAGGAGGCAGAACGUGUCAGGCCUUCACAAAUACCUUCAGCUUCUUGAUGGUAAAGAACAUUACCCCUGCCUGGUUGAUGCAGAGGAUCAUGUGAUCUCAUUUCCACCAAUUACAAACAGCGACAAAACAAAGAUAAAGAAAACCACAACUGAACUGUUUUUAGAGGUGACCAGUCCCACCAGUCUGCAGAUCUGUAAGGAUGUCAUGGACACAGUCAUUGUAAAAAUGGCUGAGCUGAACAAGUUCACGCUGGAGCAGAAAGAGGAGCCUGGCUCGGAUGGAGAGGCGGACCCACCCCCUGACCCCUCUGCAGGUAACCAGGCAACCACUGCAGAACUGAUCAUACAGCAGGUCAGGAUCGUGGACACAGAGGAGAAUCUCAAGGUCGUCUACCCAUCCAAAACUGAUCUUAACUGUGAUGAUGUAAAUCUGACAGUAAUUCGAUAACUCCUUAACGAUAGGUGUCAGGUUUGAGGUCGUGACAGUGCCCAUAUCCGUGCACUGCGCAGAAAUUGCAUCCAGUCAUUUCUUCACAAAAAAAAAAAGUAAUUCUUUCACUGAACUAAUUUAAUUAACUUUUGUUAAUGUUUCAUUAGAAGUAGUACAAGAAGAAGCUUUUGGGGUUUUUGGGAUUUUUUUGGCUUUUGCCUUCAGGUAUUUUGUUGGCUGAACUAUUCGAACACAAGUUCACAGAUUUAACACAACAUUUACAAACAAGUUUAGACAAACUGCUGCAGUCUUUCUGUUUUCCGGUAUGUUUCUGUCUUUACUUAAGAAUUUUUAUUUCUCUGCAUUUGUAAUGUGGAAUUAUAUAAGAUCCACAUAACCAUGUUAAGCUAUG